CAAAACGCUGACCCGUGGCUCGCUGUGUCCGCAUCGCAUCUGGAAAGCAAAAAGCAGGGAGCAAUGCCUUCGGUGGCCAGCGACGUCCCCGUCCUCAGCCUGCCCGACGCCAUUGAAGCACUGCAGAGGGCAUCGACGACGCCCGCAAAGCAGCGCAGGACCAGAGUGAAGGGCGCCGUUGACGCGAUAUGCUACCAUGCGUUUGAUGCCGGCCUCGAUGCCGUCAGCCUCGACGGCAUCGUCGACGUAGUAACGAGGCAGACCGAUCUAGACCAGACGAGUGUAACGACUCUAAUCAAGAACCUGUAUCCCGCCCAGCGAGUUUCCGCAGACGUCGCCAUCCGUAUCGUGGGGUCACUCGGCCAGGCUCGAACGAAGCCUACGCCCGCAAGCCAAGUGCUCCUCGUGAAAUGGCUGAUCAACACCUAUGGGGUGCUUGAAGACGCCAAGGUCUUGUCAAGACUAUAUGGCGUCCUCUUUGGGAUGCUCGAUAUGAUCAGUCUGAGAACAUCACUCUGCCACCUUUUGUCUCUGAUUACUCGGCGAAAGCACGUAAGGCCGUUCAGGAUCCAACAGCUACUGGAGCUGUCUCGCGGCAUCGGAAACGAGCCAGCCCUCCAGGGCCUUCUCCGCGUAUACAAGGACUACUACCCGGAUAUUAUCGUCGGCACUGCCGCGACCACCCGAAACUCGUUCCCUCCGAACCCCACACCAGAAUGGAAGACGCGGAUUCUGGCCAUCCAGGAAGCCGGUGAGAGGAGUCUCGAUGGGUCUGCAGAGCAGCACAACGGAUUCCGAGUCCUUCGCCACGGCUCAAAGAGGAGCAAGAUCUCGCUCAUUCCGGAGGUCCAUACGUAUCACGCGAAAGAGACAUCGGUGACGCUAGAGGAGAUCGAUAACGUCGACGACUUCGUCGAAAAGCUGGACCGGAUCGAGCUACCCGGGCAAAUGAUCUCGUAUCUAAGAGAUCCUCUUCUACAGAAGUAUCUCGCUCUUCGACCUUCUGAAAUCGCUUCGAAGAGACUAGAGUUAUGGCUUGAAGCCUGCUUGUGGGACGUAUACGAGUCUUCCCAACUAGGAACUGGCGCCGAUCAACGCUCGGAAAUUAUCCGUGGACUACUCAACCAAAUACGAAAUACCAAAGCUAUACUUCCAAUUGCGGACGAGUUCUUGAAAGCUUAUCUAGCGCAAUGGGAUGGUAUUAGCGACGACGAUGUUAUCGUAGACAUUUUAGGGCACCUCCCCCUGCAGCCAUUCGAUGAUGUCUACAAGUCGCAUCUCCAGCUUGCGGAAACGGCUUUGAUCGCUAACAACCCCCUCGCACACUCCAAACUCCUCCACCUCUACACCAACAUCCUCCGGAACUGGAGCACCUCCGCCUGCACAAUCGCACCAAACCCCCCUCCUCGCUCCCUCUUCCCUCACUUCACCGCCCUAACCACCCACGUCUCCACCCUUUCCCUCUCUAUCCUGUCCUCCACCCCCUUCCCCUCCUCGCCUACCAUCUCCGCUAUUCUAACCUUCCACACCAUCCUCUCCACCUCCUCCCUCGAAAAUGUCAUCCCCAUCCUCAUCCCGCCGCCCCACCUCACCCACUCCCUCCUCACAGCCCCCUCCCUCGCCACUCUCGCGCGCUUCUGCGCCAUUCUCUCCAACCUGAAGCGAAAGUUCGACGAGCACACGCCCCCGAUCAGCGCGUACUAUCCAUACGAGAUGACGAAUACGUAUAACGGGUAUCUGAUGGAUACAUGCAAUAACCUCUGGAGGAGCCGCGCGCUGCUGACGACCGAUGCGAAUGCGAAGGGGUGUUUCAUCGACGACGCAGUAAGGAACGCGCUCAAUGAGUAUGUGAGGGGGAUCGAGAAGGGGUACGGGGUGCACUCGUCUUUCGGCUUCACCCGCUCAAUGCUUUUCUCCUCGCUGUCCGCGGCCGCGUGGAGGGAGUUGGAGGGGAAGGUGCUCGCGAAGCGGGACCGCGAGCAGGAAGGAACUCCUCAGGGCUCAAAUCAGGUGAGGCACCAGGGCCCGGUUACGAAUCAGAGCCUCCUGACGCUGGAGAAGAGCGGGGGGAUUGCGGUGAAUUGGAAACUGUAUCGGUUGUUUGUGGUCAAGUGGUUGGGGGAGAGGGGGUGUGAGGGGGUGCGGGAUUUGAUGUUUGCGACGAUGAGUGGGUUGAAGAAGGAGGAGAGUGGGAAGUUGGAUGCUUUGAUUGCUUAGAGGAGGUGGGUAGAUGAGUAGUAUGCAUGGGGUGCGGGCGUCAUAGAGGGUACGCUUGGUUGGUGACUAGUUCAAACCCUAACAUGACUAUUACCAUGGCUCUGAGCUUGAUAUGCGGAGAUUCGAUUGGUGAAGAGCUAGCUGCUUGUGCGGCUAGGGCCAUUCUGUGGUUGGUGUCGACAUUUGUUCUUAGAAGGGUGCCAAUCUCCUUUGAUGGAAUGAAAUUGGUGUGGGUAACCUUUUAGCAAAUGGU